UCCCACCCAUUCUGCCAUUCAUCCCCCAUUCCCCACCCACACCCGCCGCCCCGAGGCCCCUGCCGGCGCCGCCCUCUGCGCCUCCCCUCCCUCACAUCCUCGCUCGCAGUCGCAGACUUGGAGCCCUCUGCCGACGCUGCUUCUCUGCGCCGAGCCGCCCUCCGCGCCUCCCCUCCCCUCCUCGCUCCCCAGGUCCCAGGCUCCCAGCCGCGUCGUGACACCAUUGCUUAGGCCCAGCCGACCCUCGACGUCGCCCAAGCUGCCUCGCCGUCGCUCCUGCCUCGCAGAGUAUGACCCGACAAGGAGCUCAGGUGUUAUGGUUGGAGAAACUUGGGAAGAUAGGAUGGAAUGCAGGCAGUGGGGCGCUCACUUCCCCCAUGUUGGGGGUAUUGGUGGUCAGUCUAAUCAUGGGGCUCAGUCAGUUGCUCUCUCGGGGGGUUAUGAAGAUGAUGAGGAUCAUGGUGAAUGGUUUCUCUACACAGGGAGGUAUUCAGCUCUGCUUCUAUUAGGCUUUGAUUACUUAAGAUGAUAUUAUGCCUUGGCUUUCUUGUUACCCAUGAAAUCACUUUGAAGUUAAUGUGAGCUGGAUGUGCAUAGUCUGUCAACACUUACUUUGGAAAGGCCUAUUAAUAAGUUACCAUGUUGAGUCAAGUAGUCAACAUCCGAUAAUUUUCAAUCGAUGCAUGAGGAACUUCUUUCCUGGUUGUCCAAUUCUUUUGGUUUAGUUAAUGCAAUUUGAUUUGGUCAAUUAUCAUCAGUAAUUUAGUAUAGUGGUAGUGUAGUGCUUUUCCAGCAAUGCCUAGCAUCAGACAUGCCUUCUAGACUAGAACAUGUAACUUUGUCUUCUUAAGAUAUCUGAAUUUCUUAUGAACAAUAUUGUGCUAUCUUUGAUUCAGCAAACAAGCCUUGUGUGACAAUCAUAGGAUUAUAAGGAAUGUUUGCUGAUUUGAACCUUUGAACAUUAUUGACAUUAUUAUGAGUUAACAGUUCUCUUACAGGAUGGCCAUGUUUGGUACCUUUCAUAUGGUGAUUAUGUUUGGGACCUUGCAUAUGGAGUUGCUUGCUUGAUAGACCACUAGUUUAAACUGCUAUUAUAAUGAAAGUAAUCAGAGAUGAAGGAUAAAAAAAAUACUUCUUUACCACAUAACUCACUCAUGUCUUGCUAUCUCGCUCUUCAAAGUGGAAAAUUCUGGUUUCCAGCUCAGGUUUUCAACAGAGAGGUAAAUUGGAAUGGGCAUGUGGGAUUUAUGCUUUCGUGUUAUGACGCACAAUUAAGCUAUGGUUCAACCUCAGACAAUUUUGUUGCUAGAUAUAAAAACCUUAUAUACAAGAAUCUCCUAAGUAAGUCUAUUUACAUCCACCUACUUUGUACUCUUGCUGUACAUGGAUCUAUUGAGCGGUGUUGACAUGGACAGAGUUAGUUUCGUAAGGUGUUGUAUGGGCAUAUUGGUUUAUGGUAGUUUUUUUUUAUUGUUAUUUUUGUUUUCUUUUGACUUUAGAUAGAACUAUUGUACUUAGCAUUUUGAUUAUCUUCGGAUGAGAAUUUUAUUACAAUGUUUAUUUUAGUACAAUGUUUGGAUGAUUAAUUAUUUAUAUAAUAUAUGUUUUAGAUUGUAGUA